AUGAAGCUCUCCAUCCUUUCUCCCGCCCUCCUCGCAGCGGGAGCCCUCGUUUCCCUCAAAGAUCAUUGCCAGUUCAUCCGCCACAUCCACACUGGUAACAGCGAACACCCGACAAUCGAGUACAACUGCCCGUCUCCGAACCCCGUUGCGUGGCCGUACAGGGCUUGCUGGUACGUCGACCUUGGAAAAUGCUUCAUCAACGACAUGGGCCAAAUCCGCGCCCAGAAGGACGGCGCGUUCAGCAGAAGCUGCAGGGGCUGCACAUUCAACCCAUCCACCGAGAUAAUGCGAUGCCGGUGCGACAUUGGAAGCGCUGGAACUUGGAGGUACUCCGAGGUCAAUAUCACCCUAGAUGCGGCACUUGAAUACGUUUCCACUGAAGGUGUGGGUUGCUACGGGGAGUUCUUUCAGACUGGGUGCCAAAACAGCACCUAA